AUGAACAUUCUAGAGUUCAUGGAUCUCGAUAUGCUCGACAUCGUCAACAAAGGUCCUAUACUUGGUACGCAUCAAUCAUCCAAUAAUGGUGCAUGUGGCAGUAAGUUGAGAGGGAAAUUUGUUCCCAAUUAUAACAAGGAAGACAAAAGGAUGUUGAAUCUCGAUGAAAACUCUUUAGAUGAUGAAGCUAAGUAUCUCAUGGAUCAGGUUGUUGAAUCUAACGCUCACACUUCACAUGACAGCGUUGAGAUCCUUAAAGUUGAUUCUCCUCACAUUGUUGAUGACCUCAAGUCAGAAUGA